AUGUCUGCUACAUCCGAUAGCGCGGCGGAAGGAGCCCGCAGUGGCGUCCGGGGAGCACUGAUUGUGCUCGAGGGCCUGGACCGGAGCGGCAAGACGACCCAGGUGAAGCUCCUGGAACAGCGGUUCGUCGAGCUCGGCAAGAGAGUCAAGGUCAUGAGGUUUCCUGAUCGGACAACGCCCAUCGGGCAGAUGAUCGACAACUACCUCAAGAGCCAGGUCGAGAUGGACGAUCAUGUCAUUCACCUGCUCUUCAGCGCCAACCGCUGGGAGGCAGCCAAAACCAUUGCCUCCCUCCUGGCCUCGGGGACCACAGUCAUCUGCGACCGCUAUUACCACAGCGGCAUCGUCUACUCGGCUGCCAAGCAGAACCCAAGCCUGACGCUGCCUUGGGCGCGUGCGCCCGACGUCGGCCUGCCGCGGCCAGACCUGGUGCUGUUCCUCGACCUGGAGGAGGCCGUGGCCCGGUCGCGCGGCGGGUGGGGCGGGGAGGUGUACGAGAAGGGAGAGAUGCAGCGGCGCGUGCGCGAGCUGUUCUGGGGUCUGAGCCUGGGCCGCAUCGCGGUAGAGGGGUCUGCCGUGGGCGCGGAGAAGGCGUUGUCACCGGUGGCGGGACGGGGCGAGGAGCUGAGGUUCCGGCAGGAGGAAGAGGAUCUGCAUGUCGUCGACGCCGGCUCGUCGGUCGAAGAGGUCGCCGAAGAGAUAUGGAAGGUUGUCCAGCCCAGAGUAGAGGCGGUGGAGAGGGGCGAGGUCGGCAGGGAGGUCAGGCUCGUGUCUUGA